AUGGCAACAAUUGAAAAUUCUUCCAACGAUCAACAAGAACAACAACAACAAGAACAACAACAGUUAACUAUUUUAGAAGAUUCAUCUAUCGAAACACCUGCUACAAAUUCGGCUCGUCGUUCGACUAUGAAAAUAAUAAAUAAAAAGCCAGUAAAUGCAAUUACAAUGGCGAAACAAGCACGCGAACUUGAGAAUCAAUACUUCGCUAAAAAGAAACGUUUCGUGUUACUUAAAACCCAACUCUUGCAAAAACAAAAAACAACACAAGAUUUAUAUCAAGAUAUAAUACAAUUACGUGAAAAAAUGAUAUUAAAUGGUGCAAAGGAUCCUGGAAAAUUAGAUGAACUUAAAAUCAUUGAAAUCGAUAACAACAUUAACAACGAAUUCGUGAUAACGUUGAACGACAAAUUAAAAGAAAUAACUAAAGGAUACGAAAAUUAUUGUAAUGAUUUAUUAAAGAAACAUUCGAUUGUGGAUAAUAAUAUCGAAUAUAUUAUAAACGAAUGUAAAAAGGAUACUGACAAUCCUAAUACGGAAUUGAUAAUGCGUAUUGACGCGUAUCGCAAUGAUAACAUUUCGUUAAAAUCACAAUUUGAUGAAAUCAAAACAAAUCAAUUGGAAAUAAUAAACGUAUUGAUGAAAAAUAUUCACGAUUUUUACAACGAAUACGAAAAUUCUCGUACGCGUGUUAAAGAAUUAUCUAAAACGUUGGACGAGUAUAAAGAUAUUCGUGAAAAAUUAACGAUAAUCAAUGAGGAAUUACAAACUGAACGUGAAAAACAUCAUUUGACAAAGGAACGUCGUAUGCAAAACGAGGGACAAUUGCAAAGGGCACGUGCCAAAAUUCGCGACCUUGAAAAUAAAAUAAUCAACGACGACGGGAAAAUACAACAAUUGCAAAUGUUAAACAAAUCGUUGGAGAAUCAAAUCAAAACCAAGGAACAAAUAAUGGAACAACGUUUGAAGGAUAUGCAAAAGACAAUAAAAAACAGCGAGGGAUUGGUUACGAAAAUGGAAAAACAACGGGACAGUUUCGAAGCACGGCUAAUGGAAUUAAAGGAAACCAUGAAUGGCAAGGAAUUAGCUGCGGAAAAUGCCAUGAAAAACAUGAACGAGCAAUUGGGUGCAAUGAUUGUCGAAAUCAAUCUGGAAAAAGAGAAAAGGCAAACAGUGGAAAAAGAAUUGACCGUAAUGAAGGAACGUUACAAAGAACUAGAAGUAACAAGUCAAGAAAUGUGCAAACUUUUGGAACAGAAUAAAAGUUUUGCUAUAACGGAUGGCAGUCAUACGGAAAACGAGCUUCGUCUAUUCAACGAUCUAAAACUUGCACGAGAGGAAUUAGAAGAACAGAGAGUAACUAUAAUGAAAUUACAACAGGAGAAGGAAGAGAUAACUUCUGUGAUGCAUCAAGCGGCUAAUAACGCCGAGGACGAAUCCAACGAUAAAUUAAUAGCAGAACUUAUGAUCAAGUCUAAAGAAAUUCGUGACGUUACGAUGAAACGUAAUCACUUGCAACAAAUUAAUGAAAAUCUUCAAAAACGUAAUAAGGCAUUGGAGGAACAAAUUCAGGACAUACAAAAUCGUUUGCAAGUUCAAAUGAAAGAGGGUGGUAAAACUGCGGUUAACGUUCUAGUUAUUGAACUUCAACAACAGAUAUCCGAUCUUCGUAAUAGUUUAGCAGAGGCAACAUCACAUACUGCCGAGUUGGAAACAGCUCUUACGCAAAAGCAACUUGAGCUUGAACAACGUGAUCGUAUAAUGAGAGAACAAAGUAAAUUUCUCAAAGUUCGGGACGAAUUGUUGAGCCUUAUGAAAGGAAAAAAUAAUCACGUUGAUAAAGAUAAUUCUAAUGACGACGAAGUACAUCAUAAAGACAUUGACGAAAUAAAUAAGCAAAUAAUCGCUAAAACGGAAGCUAUACAAGAAUUGUACGCGACAUUAGAAAACAAACAGAUGCAGGUAUUACGUUUGGAGAAAAUAGUUAAACAAAUGGAAGAUCAUCAGGAUCAUGCCCAGGCACAACGAACACGUUUGGAGAAUCGUAUCGCUCAAUUGGAAUUGGCAUUACAGGAAAAAAGCAAAGAUCAUCGGUAUGUCAGGGAACGUUCUUCGUCGUCGAUGUCGAAGUCCAAUGCGACCAAGAACGAUCACGAUAAAAAAUCAUUUUCUAAAUUAUCCAACAAUUACAAAGGAGCGUUGUUGCGUCCAAUGAUGCCGUCGAAUUUACAACGUUCAUUAACGUUGCAUUCUUCCAUUAAAUCGCCAUCGAUGAUUCGUCAUUGUAAUCGUACAACUCGUAGUUCAAGUUUAAUUCGUAACAAUCGUGAUAUUAAAUACAAUAAAUUAUUUCCAUUUUCUAAAUCGGAUUCUAAAACUCGUGAAUACAUUGACAAUGAUAAAACAUACAUUUGCAAACGUUGUCGACACGAGGAACGAGGAGGAAGAUUUCGUGAACCAGUUUUAUUUCUCGCUAAUCAAAAUAAUUCUAAUAACGAAAUACGCGAAUCUUUGUAUAAUUGGCUCUUAGAUUCGACAGAACUUGAGAUAGUUGAUAAUUUACCUGAAGAAUUUAACAGUUCUUCUUUGUAUAGCGAUUCUUUAUCAUCGUUAGAAGAACGAUUGCAAUUUUCUAAUGUUAUCGAUGAUUCUCAUAUUAAGCGUAAUGUAAAUGAAAACGUGAACAUAAAUAGAACUAAUUGCAAUCGUGAUGAUGAUGAUGAUGAUGAUGAUGAUGAUGAUCAUUAUCAUCAUCGUUCUCGUCGUUUUUCUUCAAAAAACAAUUAAACAAACUUCUUCCUCGUGUCAUAUGUUGCAACAACAAUAAUAAUAUACGUAUACAACAAUCGCUCUUUUGUAUUAAUUUGAAGUUAAUUCUUCAUAAGAAUAUAUAUAUUUUUUUCUCUCUCUCUUUCUCGUCAUUUUGUGUAAUUAUUGAUAAGUAUCUCGUCCUAUAAAAAAAAAAGAAAAGAAAAAAAAAAC